AUGGUCAAUCGUUGGAACAAUGAGUUAUUCAAACAGCUGGAACCCAUAGGAGAGGAAGACAAACACACCGAGAGUUUGAAUGACUUCCAACUUUUCCAAGGGAUAAAAGAUGAGUUACAAUCUGGUAACCAACGUAAAAUUGGACUAAAUCCAACAUUUUCUGCAAUCACCCAGGAGAGAAAGGCUACUGAAGUGUUGCCAAGUCCUGUAAAUUCAUCCUUCGUACCAUUGAAGGCAUAUUCUACUUUUGAUCAUAAACCUUAUCGACCCCGAAAUAGACAAAACCGUAUAGAUGAGUUAGAAAUGAAGGUGGAACGUAUAGAAUCGCAGUUUGAUAAGAUAAGGAAAUUGGGUAAUGAUACUUUUCGACCGAUUGGGGUUGGUAGAACAUUGAAUGAAAUGACACCAGAAUAUCGCGAAAAAUUAAAGAGGCAAUUAAAUAAUAGCGAAUUAUGCGACGUUGAAGUAGAACUGUUACCUUCUCUUUCUCAAGAAAAUAUCGACGUUAAUAUCGCUAAUACUGAUAAUACUAAUAAUGAUAACAUUAGUAAUACUUCUUCGGAUACAUCGAACGAUAGUGACAGGAAUAACACUCAUGAAGAUACUGAUAUUGCUAACCAUAUACGGGUUCCACAUGCGAGACCUAGAUUUUUUAAUGACGAUAGUGAGAGUGAUACUUACGGAGCUCCAACCCACUUUGAUCCGGAUGCUUCGCCUGAUUUUCAUGACUAUAUGAUGGCAGGAGUGCCUUUUCCUGAGCCUUCUUACGAGGAGCGCCUCUCAGAUGAUGAGGAUAAAUUAAAACCAAAUAGUCGGCAAACAUCAUCAUCCCCAUCAUCCUCGUCAUCAUCACCCUCUCCAUUACCAUCCAGUUCUGCGGGCGAAGGAAAUGAAGAGGAGAAGGACUUGGUAGCAAAACAAGUUAACGAAGCCGGAACGGAGAGAGUAGUUACAUUUGAGAAACCUAUAAGUAAUGAAAGUCGUGAAACGUCAACAUUUUCAUUAUUAGGCAAUACAUCGAAGGUACAAACUGAAUGGCUCGAUUCACCAAGGAAAGAGGUGGAAGAGAACAGGAUAAAUGUAGGUAAAGCAGAGAACAAAGAUGAAAGCGAUAGUAAUGACUCAAGUUCUAUACUACCGCCGCUUGCAGAUUUAGAAACAUAUAAUACAGAUAAGAUACCAAAUAAUGCACAAGUACGUGCUAUAUCUACAUCAAGCGCAUUAAGUGUAGUAACUUCUUCAACUAUCCCAUCAUUACGUAUUCCCUCUAUAAAUCUUCCAGACGAUGAAUUUGUGCAUAUUGGGACCAGUCAAGAUACGAAAUCAAAUAAUAACAAAAUUCUAAAUAACAUUGACGAUAAAAGUCUGGCCAGUGCAAGAACUCUAUUAAAUUCGACUAGAUCCACAAUUAAUAAGAUUCCAAUUGAUUAUUUAGAGAUGUUACGUAGUCAAAAGAAGCACACAAAUGAGAAAACUGGCUCGGAUGCCCAUGUUUCUGCAGUCAUAGGCGACGAUGUUGAUGAGAGGGGUGAAAGUAGUGGCGAGGGAUUUAUGGAGGAUCAUGCAAUUAACAUGUCUGAUACGGUCGAUACCAAGGAAACUUCUCGAAUAGUCAGUACAGAGCUGAUAUUAAAGAGGUUAGGAAAAGAAAUAAAUGAUGAAUUAUAA